AUGCAUGGUUAUUUCAUGGAUAUUCGACUUUAUAAUCAAGCUAAAAGUGUUGCGGAACCAUUUGCAUUUGCUGAAUAUCGAAAACAAAAAUUACGUGCAAAAAUUGAUCUUAAACGAGAAAAAAGUCGUGUACCAUUACCGAUUGUACCAACGGUUAAUAAAGAACUCGCUGAAAAACUACUGCACGAUGAAGGUGAUUUUAUUACUAACAAAAAAACGAAUCGAAAAGUUGGUGAUACUGAAAGAACCCUGUCGAUUCUUAAGGAUCCUCGGUUUCGAUCAUUAUUCGCUAAUCCUGAUAUGCAGAUCGAUGUUAACCGUCUGUUACGAUGA